AACGUUACUUGAGUGUCUUACAUAUUUGUAUAUUUAUAGACCUCAAUACUGAUAAGCUGAAAGAAACAUUUAUAUGAAUACUUUAUUGUUGUACCCAGAUAUACGUGUAAUGUAUUGUGUAUACUCCUUUGGUAUUAUUUCGAUAGUUGAAUAAAUUUUUGAAGUACUAUACUUAAUGUCUGCUUAAAGUCAAUUUGCUUAUCUUUGAUUUUCCCAUCAUUAUCAAUUUUUAAUUUUUAUAAUUUUUGGUUUGUUCUUUCUGUCAUGUUCCUAAUCCCACUUCAAAAAUGUAUAAAAUUAAAAAAUUAGUAAUAGUAAAGCCCAAUGGAUUGCUUGAGAGACUUGGAGACGGUCGUGGUUAGCAGGCUCGCCAUCUCCCUCGACUUCCUUUGGCCUGGUAGCAGAAAGUAUCUUGUAACUGAUGGCGAUGGCAAGAAAUUGAUGAUUGUAUUCCAGGACGACAGCUUUACCAGUCUGCUGUUACCUGAUUCCUUUAUGACGGUUGUGAUUAUGAACAACGAUAUACGGCAGGUAAUGCAACUGGACCGACCAAAGGAGAUGUUUAAAGUGUCGAAACUGAACGUUUUUGCUCCAUCGACUAGACAUAUUGGCUCGGUCAGGAACAGGUCCUUCUCAUUGUUUAAGCGGAGAUUGCGGGUCUUGGACGCUGGGCAAAAGGUGCUGUAUAACAUCAGAGGACCCAUUUGCGCAGGCAAAGUGGAAAUCCCCUACAAUAUCUAUAAUCGUGAAGGGAAAAGAGUGGGGACCAUCAAAAGAAAAAUUGGCCAACUCCCAAAAGCUUUCAUCUUAAAUUGCGACUUUUUUGAGUUGUCCUUUCCCAAAAACAUGUCUGUUAUCGACAAAUCCCUCCUACUGAGUGCCAUAUUCUACUUGGAUAUUCUUUAUCCCAACGACCAAGGAGGAGGAAGUAUUUAAUUCUAAUGUGCUUACUUGGCGGUUCAUAUUGUAAUAUAAAAAUAGAAUAUAUUUCAUUCCUCGAUUUGUUUGCUAUA